AUGAAAUUGAAAACUUUGCUGGUUACAAUUUUAGUUUUGAUCUUCGUCAAAUAUUCUGACCAAGCAGUUAAAUUUUUGAAUUGUGUUAUCUUAAUUAAUCCCUUUAAAAUAAGAGUUAACAAAGUGGAAGAAACUCAUAACGAGUAUAUGCUUGACUUCAGACAUUCUUUAAGAAUUACUCAAAAUUUCACAAAUUAUAUAAGCAUUAACUUGACAUUGCUUGUGAAAAUAGACUCGUUGUACUUCCAUUAUUCGGUUGAUCUUCCUAAUGCUAGUGGAAAAAUGGUUCCUUUUAUCAGGAGAAAUGGAAUGAACUUGUGUAACUAUUUCAAAGAAAAGAAAAAAAAUAGCAUAUUGAAUUCGCUUUAUAAGAACAAUAAUUCAACCUCAAAACGGAUUACGGAAUCAUGUCCAGUCGAACCAGGAUUUUAUUUCAUCAAAGAUUUCGAUGUUGGUGAAAGAUUGAUGCCAUACGCAGUAACAGAAACCAAAAUUUUUAUUGUAGUCAUUAUAAAAACAAAGGCUAAUGGGAAAAUGGUUGAUUUAUUCAAUUACAAAAUUCAAUAUGAAGUUAAAACUCUUGACAAGUUGGAAAGAGAAAGAAAAAGACAAAAGAAAAAUUGA